ACAAACCCUUCACCAAAUUAUCUAUAUCUUUUGUUUUUCUCAGGCGAUCGAUAUAUCGAGAAAUAUAUACAAAUGCAGUCGGAGGCUGAGAGAGUGCAAGACAUUGCUUUAAUGUCCAAAGCCAACAUCCCAAUCGAGUUCAUUAGGUCAGAGCAUGAGCAACCAGGGAUCACAACCGUCCAUGGGAAAGUCCUGGAGUGCCCAACCAUCGAUUUCAGCAACCAAGAUGACGAAGAGAUCCUGAACCAAAUUGUAGAGGCUAGCAGGAAUUGGGGAAUGUACCAGAUUGUGAACCAUGACAUUCCGAAUGAGGCCAUAAGCAAAUUGCAAGCUGUUGGGAAGGCAUUUUUUGAGCUUCCACCAGAGGAGAAAGAGGUUUAUGCGAAGCCUCCAGAUUCUAAGUCUGUGGAAGGGUACGGGACGAAGCUUCAGAAGGAAUUGGAAGGCAAGAAAGGAUGGGUGGACCAUUUGUUCCAUAGGGUUUGGCCUCCUUCUGCCAUUAACUACCAGUUCUGGCCUAAGAACCCACCUUCUUACAGGGAAGCUAAUGAAGAGUAUGUGAAGCAUCUGCACAAGGUGGUGGACAAGUUGUUCAAGGUGCUCUCUUUAGGGUUAGGGCUUGAAGGACAAGAGUUGAAGAAGGCUGCUGGAGGAGAUGACAUGGUUUAUCUUCUGAAAAUUAAUUAUUACCCUCCAUGUCCCCGCCCUGACCUUGCUCUUGGAGUGGUGGCCCACACUGACAUGUCUGCCCUAACCAUACUUGUCCCAAACGAUGUCCAGGGCCUACAGGCUUGCAGAGAUGGCCAAUGGUACGAUGUGAGGUACAUCCCUAAUGCCCUGGUCAUCCACAUUGGUGAUCAGAUGGAGAUUAUGAGCAAUGGAAAGUACAAGAGUGUCCUCCAUAGAAGCACUGUGAAUAAAGAGAAGACGAGACUCUCGUGGCCGGUUUUCAUUGAGCCUCCACAAGACCGCGUAGUUGGCCCUCUCCCACAGCUUGUGAAGGAGGACAAUCCACCUAAAUACAAAGCCAAGAAGUUCGGAGAUUAUUGUUAUUGCAAGCUCAACAAGAUUCCCCAGUAAAGCUAUAUAGCCAGCUUUCUCUCACUCUCGGGGCUCUCAACAACUUUCACAUUCGUUCUUAAAUUUAAGGCCGUGUUGGUGUAAUUAACUCUUUUAAUUGUCAGACAUCAUCGUCUUGACUCUGUUAAUAGUAACAAUAGUUUCGACUUUUUCAUUUAAAUAUGUUAACUUUGACAGUUGAUUUUGUGUAUGUAACUUCUAAAAGGAA